AUGUCCGACGCAGGACCUUCAAGAUUGAACGGUAACUCGGCAUCUCAUCGAAAUGGCCAAACACAGGAUAGGAGAAGUUCGGGGAAGAGAAAACUGUUCUCAGGGGUGGAUGAGAUCUUUGAGAAGCAAAGUAUUGAAGAGAAGGCAAGGUUGGGUAGGGAAUACAGGGAGAUGCAAGCUGAAGCGGAUGAUAUGAAAGCAAACCAAGCCAAUAUCACCGCCAAUGAUCUUGCAAAGCAUUUAACAAGACAACAAGCCCUAUUCGACCAAGUGAGGGAUACUGGAACCGCAGCUCUGGAUGCCAGACUAAUGUUGACUACCGCUGAUACGGCUUUUGGUCUGGCAAGAAAGAUGAAAUUGGAUAACAAUGAUUUUGAUGUUGACGACUUUAUCAUUAAACUGAAAAGUUGUCUAGGUUUGGAUAGACCUGAUAUGGACAAUAUCUCCGAAGAUGAGGACGAAGAUCAAUUAGACGAGUCUCUCGAAAGAGCAUCUAGACGGAGAGUCAGAGAUGGACCUUUAGGGGAUUGGGAGAAAGUCGGUUGGAUGGCCGCCAAGUACUCACGGCGAGUACCUGGGGUUGAAUUUAUGUACGGACCCUUGACUAUUCAACACAAAAAGAGACAAAUCGGACCCAGACAACGAAAGAAGUCUCUCGAGCCGGAAGUUAGACCUGAAGAGAUCCAGACACAGCAGAAGAGUAAAGAAGAUGCUAAAGAUACUGCGAGUUUGGUGAAAGAGGUUAUCAACGUUAUGAGAAAAACCGUACCACCUGGUGGUGCCAUCAAUUAUUUCCAAUUCGUCAUCAAUCCCCAUGAUUACUCUCAAACUGUUGAAAAUGUAUUUUACACUAGUUUCAUGGUGAAGGAAGGUCAUGCAGGUGUGAGGGUGUUGCCCAAUGGGGAGAUUGUUUUAGAACAUGUUAACGAGGAUGAACAAGAAUCACAAGCUGAGAAAGUCCGAAAUCAAGCUGUAGUCGAACUCGACAUGGAUACUUGGGAAGAAGCCAAGCGUUUGUUCAAUAUCAAAGAAUGUGUUAUUCCUCAUCGUCGGCACACCACUCAGGUGAUGACUGCGAAUGGAUGGUAUACAUAG